UCCAGGUCCAAGGCCUAGGUCCAAGGCUAAGUUCCAAGGUCCAAGGACCCGGCUCUCUUUGGCACACUGGCACAAUCCUCCUUGCCAGGUAGAUCUUGGGUGCGAGCACUCCUUUUCUGUUGCAAUUCCACAUGGAACAUUGACUUUUUGGCCGUGGCAUAGCCAUCUCGCCGUCCAUCAUAUCAUCUCUAGACCUACAACUAUCACAGACAGCAGCAUUACCUCGCCUCCUCGUCUCCAUCCCCUCCUUUCCACACUAACACCACCCUAAUCAGCGACGUUGCAGUCUGUCCUCUCAUUCUCAUUCUCAUUCUCAUUCCCAUUUCCUUCUCUUGGCUUUGCUCUCCACCUUCUUGCUACCUGAUCCGCCUGCCACCAAAACCGUACCCCGCCGGUUGCCCGCCCCCCCCCUUUCAUAUACUACGGCCACCGCAGCAUUACUCUUAAAUCAAGUUCCAACCACCGGCAUUCUUGUGAGACCCUUUGAGAUUACGGCAGUCUCCCGAACCCCCUGACAUGUCCGAGUCCGGUGAUAGUUCCCACAAGCGCUCCAGAUCGGCAGCUGCUCUGUCCCUCCUUCGACGUGUCCGCGAACCCGACGACACCCCUCAGAGCCCUGCCGGCUCUGGCUCCUCCCCAGUGGCUGCAAACCCCCCGGCGGCUGCCCCGACCGUCUCCAUGUCGCACCAACAAGCAAACAGGAGCCAGGGCUCUAGGCUCUCCCUGGCCGGUUCGGUCAGCGGCCGUGUGCCCUCGUACCAAGCCGCGCCCCAAGCUCAGUCGCCAUCGCCAACCACCCCCAAGGCUGCCACCACUUCCAUCUACGACAAGGGCAACACAAUCGAACAGUCCGUCCGCAAGUUUCGCAUCGUAGAGGCCCUGCGCAGCGGCGAUACCGCCUCCAUCUCCAAGGCCAUCCGCGAAACCUCGGAGAAUGCGCCCCGGCCCAGCACCUCCUCCAUCAACACCAUAUCGGGGGGCGCCUUGGACGACACUACUGUCCUCCAUCUUGCUAUCCAGGUCGCCGAGUUCCCCGUCGUCGAAUAUGUCAUAUCCGAUGGUGCUGGCUACGUGGACAUCAACGCGCGAGACAAAGACGGCAACACACCGUUGCAUAUUGCAGCCGGCCAAGGGCGGACUUCCAUUGUCAAGCUGCUUCUGGAGCAGAAGGACAUCAAUGACGCCAUCCCGAACAACCAAGGCCGCUUGCCGCUUGACCUGGCCCGCAAUGCCGACAUCUUCCAGUCAUUGCAGCUGUCCCGGUCCCUCUUCGCAGAGUCCAAGAUCAAGCAGGUCCAGGAGCUGAUCAACCAGCAGGACUACAAGGCCCUGGAGCAGGUGCUCGAGGAGACUCGCCUCAAGACUGUCCUGGACAUCAACAGCACCGAGUUUGUCCUGGACCCCCUGACCGCCCAGGCCGGCGGCACACUUCUCCAUGAGGCCGCCCGUCGCAAGAACACCGCCCUUAUCCAGAUCUUGCUCCUGCACGGCGCGGACCCGUUCAGGCGGGACCGGAAAGGCAAGCUGCCCCAGGACGCGACCAAGGAUGACGUGACUCGUGCUAUGCUCAAGAAGUCCCCCGCCGCCGUCGCCGCCCAGAGAGGCAUCCAGGAGAAGGCCGUCCUCGGGACCGCGUCCCAAGCUGCAGCCGCAGCGCCCGGUGACCCUCUCCUGGGCAAGGAAGCCAGGGAGAUGAAAGGGUACCUCAAGAAGUGGACCAACUACCGCAAGGGGUACCAAUUGAGGUGGUUCGUCCUCGAAGACGGCGUCCUCAGCUACUACAAGCACCAGGACGAUUCUGGUUCUGCUUGCCGCGGCGCGAUCAACAUGCGCAUUGCUAAGCUCAACAUGAGUCCUGAUGAGAAGACCAAGUUUGAGAUUAUUGGCAAGUCGUCGGUCAAGUACACACUCAAGGCAAACCACGAAGUCGAGGCGAAAAGGUGGUUCUGGGCAUUGAACAAUGCCAUACAGUGGACCAAGGACCAGGCCAAAGAAGAAAGCAAACAGCGUGCCACGGAGGCCGAGUUGUUGAGCAAGGCAAAGGAGCAUGUGCAGGGCGGCUCGGGCGGCGACGCGCCGAGUGAGAAUGCCAGUCUGCUGGAGCCUGGCCCGCGGGCUAGUACACAGCUCUCACGGCUGCAGUCUGCCAGCAAGUCGGGCAGCAAAUUGACCAGCACGGGGGGCAGCAUCGCCGAGGAGGACGAGACAGACCGUGACACGAGGGCGGGCAUGUCCGUCAUGCACGACGAGGAGGAUGAUGACGGCGACGCGUCAAGCGGUCGUGAACAGCCGAGUGCCGCUAAGGAUGCGUUCAAUAUCACUGCGCAGUCGUUGAAGUUGCAGCUCGAGACGAUGGCCCAAGUCAACGCGGCGCUCGUCGCAGAGGCCAGUCAGAACCCCAACGUGAAGCUAUCGGACCCCAAGACGGCUGGAGCUCUCGCUACUUACGAUGCUGCCAUCCGAUCGAUGGCGGGGCUCACCGGCGACCUCAUGAGGAUCUCUCGCGACAGAGACUCGUACUGGCAAUACCGCCUGGAUCGGGAGGUUGACAUGAGGCGCAUGUGGGAAGAGAGCAUGGCCCAGGUUGCUAAGGAACAGGAGGUGCUGCAGGCCAAGAUUGGCGAGGCCGAGGAGAAGCGCAAACACACAAAGCGGAUGCUGAAGGAGGUAGUGAGUAACAACAUGGCGGAAAGCCAGACGGUUUCCCCCGGUCUUGCUCCUGGUGGCGGCACUCGGGAAGAGACAGAGGAUGCCGCAGCCAAGGACCAAAAGUCGCCGGCCCGAAGUAUCCCGCUCAGCCGCCACGAGACCGUGCUUACAGAGAUCGCAAACCUCUCUGAAGAUGAGUCCGAAGACGACGAGGAAUUUUUCGACGCUGUCGACGCGGGAGAAAUCGAAGCCGAACCGCUGCCCCCGGCCACAUCUGGCGACGAAGAAAACAAGCAACUCGUGGCAUCAACGGGUAUCGACAUCAGCAGCUCCUUCCAUGGUUACGAGAACGGCAUUCGGACGAGGCUGAAGAUGGAUGCGGACAACCGUCCGAAGAUUUCUCUCUGGGGUAUCUUGAAAUCCAUGAUUGGCAAGGACAUGACCAAGAUGACACUGCCUGUGACCUUCAACGAGCCCACUUCGCUGCUUUAUCGCUGCGGAGAGGACAUGGAAUAUGCCGACCUUCUGGAUCUCGCUGCUGAUCGCACUGACUCGAUCGAGAGGCUUCUCUAUGUUGCUGCCUUUGCGGCAAGUGAGUAUGCUUCUACGAUCGGCCGUGUGGCCAAGCCUUUCAACCCGCUCCUUGGGGAGACCUUUGAGUAUGUGCGACCUGACAAAAACUACCGCUUCUUCAUCGAGCAAGUCAGUCACCACCCGCCUGUCGGUGCGGCCUGGGCAGAGUCUCCGAAGUGGACGUACUAUGGCGAGUCGGCCGUCAAGUCCAAGUUCUACGGGCGGUCAUUCGACAUCAACCCGCUUGGCACGUGGUUCUUGAAGCUUCGCCCUGCCUCAGGUGGCGAAGAGGAGCUCUACACGUGGAAAAAAGUGACUUCAUCGGUGGUUGGCAUCAUCACUGGCAACCCUGUCGUCGACAACUACGGUCCUAUGGAAAUCAAGAAUUGGAACACUGGUGAAGUGGCUCACUUAGAUUUCAAGCAGCGUGGUUGGAAGGAAACAUCCGCUUACCAGAUCGCUGGCAAGAUUGUAGACGCCAAUGGGCGUGUCCGUGUCAGCAUCGGCGGCAAGUGGAACUCCAAGCUCUACGCUCGUGUCACACCUGGCUAUGAGGCUCCCGUCGAGGCGCCGGCCAACGACAAUGACACCAUCUACAAGGGUAGCCUAGGCGAGUCUGAUCCUAACAAGGCCUUCCUGAUCUGGCAGGCGAACGAGCGCCCCAAGGGCAUUCCGUUCAACCUGACGCCAUUCGUACUCACCUUCAACCACAUCGACGACCAGCUGAAGCCGUGGCUCGCACCGACAGACUCCCGCCUCAGGCCUGACCAGCGGGCCAUGGAGGAGGGCGAGUACGACUUUGCUGCGACGGAGAAGAACCGCCUGGAGGAGGGCCAGCGCGCUCGUAGGAGGGAACGUGAGGCCAGGGGUGAGGAUUUCAUGCCCGCAUGGUUCACCAAGGCGAGAUGUGAGAUUACUGGCGAGGAGUACUGGAAGUUUAAUGGUCAAUACUGGGAGCAGAGAGAGAAGGCCGGCAAGGGCGACGAGAGCGCGUGGGCUGGACUGGAAGAAAUCUACUCGUAGGAUGGAGAUAUCAACUACUUGUUCAGGGGUUGGUAACUUCACAGGUUUUUUGUAUGCAUGGAAGAGCUACAGAGUAAUGAGCCAAGACACGGGUUGAAGAAUGAGAGCCCAAACUGUGGAGGUCCUUUCGGUCCGGUGAUCACAUCAUGUUGUUUACGCAGCUGCGGCUAAUCACUCAAAUGGCCAGCAUCAGUAGAAAGCUUUAUGUAUUGCCUUUGUGUGCUAUGCGUAGGUCACUGAGCACGUGAAAGCCUUCGCGAGUGCAGGGGCAGCAUCGACUUGCAAACAGGGCUCGAGGCUCAGGGUAGUCGACCUUUGUAUUGAAUGGCAGGAUAGGUUGAAAUAGCUCCAGACUGAACAACUCGCGCGUUCAAUAUGUAGUACAUAGUGG